CACUUGGAUUAAAUUCUGUCAUCUGGACUAACGCCUUCACAAAGACAAUAAUCAAAACGAGAACUUGUACAGCUUGUGGUGUUCUGGGAAACUGCAAUAUCACCUUUCUAUAAACCAUUUGCAGCCAUCAGUGGAUCUACACGGAAUGGAGGAAUAUUCUGUCCCAUUAGUCUGAAACAGCAACGCACUUGCAGACCAACAGGAGAAUAAAUUAAAAAGUCUUCCAGCAGUUCAAAAGAGCCAAAAUUAAAGGAUCUUCAGUUCUCAUGGUAGAAUAAGAAACCAUAAAGAAAGUAAUGAACAGUGAGGGCUAAGGGCUAAAGGAAUAUUUUUAUAACUCAGUCAGGUGUGAAGGUUAAUACCUGUUCCUUGUUUAUUCUGUGGCAUUUAAAUUUCUGUGCACGUCAACAUACUGCACAAAAAAUAAAAAAAAUAAAAAACCUUAGAAACAGUCACAGUAUCUUCAGCCAUGAAUUACUGCUCACAUUUAUCAGCCAUGACAUUCACAAAGGCAAAGCAUCACCAAUAUCUGCAACUACCAAACUAAAAUUUUUCAACACAAGAUGUUUUUGUGGAUUAAUUGAUCUUUAAUGCUAAGAAUCAUGCAUAGAUGAUAUGAAGCACUGGUGAACCAUGCAACAUGGAUCUGGUGAACAGCUCAGAUGAGUUCUUCCUCAACAACGCCUCAGUCAGUCCCACAACCCUGGAGUCCUGGGAUGACGCUACACUCCUCAGCCUUCAGAUCUCCAUCUCCGCCAUGUUAGCCAUCGUCACUUUGGCCACCGCUCUGUCCAACGCUUUUGUGAUGGCCACCAUUUUCCUCACACGCAAGCUUCACACCCCCGCCAACUUCUUGAUCGGCUCUCUCGCAGCGACAGACCUCCUGGUGUCCAUUUUAGUCAUGCCCAUCAGCAUCGUGUACACAGUAAGUAAAACUUGGACUCUAGGUCAGAUCGUGUGUGAUAUCUGGCUAUCAUCUGACAUAACGUUUUGCACGGCUUCCAUUCUGCACCUGUGCGUGAUUGCACUCGAUCGAUACUGGGCCAUUACCGAUGCCCUGGAAUACUCAAAGCGGCGAACCAUGCGGCGAGCAGCACUGAUGAUCGGCGUAGUGUGGGUGAUCUCGGUCUCCAUCUCCUUGCCUCCUCUGUUCUGGCGGCAAGCUAAGGCUCACGAGGAGCUCAAGGAGUGCUUGGUCAACACUGACCAGAUCUCCUACACACUCUAUUCCACAUUUGGCGCGUUUUAUGUUCCCACGGUUCUCUUGAUGAUUCUCUACGGGCGGAUCUACGUGGCGGCUCGCUCCAGGAUCUUCAAAACGCCGGUGACAAGUGGAAAACGGUUCACCGCUGCUAAGCUCAUCCAGAACUCAGCGGGCUCCUCACUCUGCUCGCUGAACUCCACCUCUAAUCAGGAGGGACAUCUUCAUCCUGGAGGAGGAGGAGGUGGGGGAGGAGGAUCUCCUCUUUUCACAGACAGUGUGAAAGUGAAGCUGGCCGAUAGCGUGCUGGAAAGAAAGCGUCUUUGUGCUGCUCGUGAGAAGAAGGCCACCAAGACUCUUGGGAUUAUCCUGGGUGCGUUUAUAGUGUGCUGGCUCCCGUUCUUUGUGUUCACGCUGGUGAUGGGGGUCUGUAAAAAGUGCUGGUUUCAUCCUGUGCUCUUUGAUGUGUUCACUUGGCUGGGGUACCUCAACUCGCUCAUCAAUCCAGUCAUCUACACUGUCUUCAAUGAUGACUUCAAACAAGCCUUCCACAAACUCAUCAAGUUUAAACGAUGCUACUGAUGUUACACGCCUCUCUUGUGUUUUGACAUGCUCUUGAUGUAACUAGCGGAUGUCUGCGUAAAAUAUCUGAAUCCUGUGAACAUUCAUCGUUCAUAUGCUUGGAGGACCCAAUGUACCCUGCCGUUUGUUUUUCAGCAACCUCCUAAAUGCGCACAUAGUGUCUGGUCGAUGUAUAAUAUUACUGUUCUCUUGAGACAGCUUGUAAAAUAUUUUGCCAUAUUGUUGAUGCUUCCUUGUAGUUUAUGAAUGCAUGCAAAGAUUAUGAAUCCUUCAUUAGAGAGCAAUGUUUUACUGUCUCUGUAAUCAGUAGCUGUCUAUAAACUGCCUUAUUUAACAGAAAUGGACUGAUAUUAAUAUGAAAGACACUUUAUUUAAAAAGAACACAAAUAAAUAAAGGUUCCUGUUCCCAUAGGAACACAGACAUGGCUCAUCUGAGGAAAGUGCUUAAGUUCAUGAACUUUAAUAUAGACUCCCUAAAUAAAAAUGUUCAUUUUACAAGAUUAAACAAA